UCUUUGCGACAACUUGAGCUGCCCUCACUCCUUCAAGGCUAGACCUCACUUUUCUUCGCUGUUGCUUGCACCGCCUGGAGCAGUACCUUCCUUUCAGAAGCAACUUGGAAUAAGCAUCUUGCUUAAUCAAUCUUCGACUUACCGCAAGUCAAACACCUCAGUCUCGACGACUACAUUGCAGCUCAAGGCUUGACCUUACCACCGAGGAUUUUUCGUCUGGAACGAUUAGAAUCUCAACCCGCAGUUUAUCCAUCAAUAUGUUCUUCCAGAAGACUUACACCGCCAUCUGCGGCUUUGCCGCCGUGUCGAGCGCACACAUUGUCCUGUCAUCCCCCAAGCCGUUCGCGGGUACCAUCAGCUCUCCCCUCGAUGCGUCUGGCAGCAACUUCCCUUGCCAAAUGGCCUCGCACUCCGGAGAGGCCGCCACCAUGUCCCUCGGCUCCUCGCAGGAGCUGGCCUUCAUCGGCUCGGCUGUUCAUGGCGGAGGGUCUUGCCAGGUGUCGAUCACCUACGACACGAACCCGACCAAGGACAGCGUUUGGAAGGUGAUUCAUUCCAUCGAGGGAGGAUGUCCCGCCCAAGGCGCGGCGGGUAACCUUGGCAACGACCCCACCCAGCCUGUCCCUUUCACGUACAACUACACCCUUCCCGCGGACAUUCCUUCCGGUAGUGCCACCAUUGGUUGGACCUGGCUCAACAGGAUCGGCAACCGCGAGUUCUACAUGAACUGCGCUGCUGUCAGCCUCACCGGCAGCGGUGGAUCGCAGUCCAACUACGAGGCCUUGCCCGACAUGGUUGUCGCCAACAUCCCCUCGAUCAACUCUUGCAACAAUGCCAACCUCGAGGGCAAGGACUACCUGUACCCGAACCCCGGCAACUCCGUCGAGAAGCACCCCUUCACCGCCAACAACCUGGCUCCCUUGGACGGAGACUGUGGCCCCAGUGGCUCCAGUGGCUCCAGUGGCUCUAACGGCAGCUCAGGGUCUGCGCCCCCUGCCUCCGCCGCUGGCAGUGAUUCUCCAAGCACUACCUCCAGCGUUGCCGCUGGCACAGGUCUUCCGGGUGCUGUCUUCAUCACCCGCCCCAACAGUGCCGCUGCCUCCCAGCCACCUGCCGUCUCGACACCGUCGGUUGAUGCCCCCUCGGCUGCGGCCCCCGCCUCGACUCCCAGCGUCUCUGUUGAGAACCAGGCGGCUGCCCCGCCUGCUGCCACCGCAUCCUCUGCUGGCAGCUCGUCCGGCUCAAGCACUGGUGCUCAGACAGCCGGCUCUGCCUGCAGCCCAGAGGGCCUCUGGAACUGCGUCGACGGCAAGUCAUACCAGCAGUGCGGCAGCGGUGUCUGGACUCCCGUCAUGCCACUCGCUGCCGGCACCACUUGCACCGGCGGCCAGGGAUCCAACAUCAACAUCUUCGCCGCCAACGGCAAGACUCGCCGCUCGAUGCGCUUCCGGUCUUAAAGCCCGCAGCCUGUUGGGGUGACCAUGUCAGGGCUGCCGCCUCUGUUUGGAUAUGAGGAUUGGCAUACCCUUGUGACGUUCUUCUCUGUACAUAUAUGGAUGUUUUGAACUGUCCAAUCUUUCUUGUCUUCUGAUCUUGUACAAAUAUUAGAAUGGGACGGCCUCUUAGGUCAAGGAUGGUGUUUUUUGUUGGGCUUGGGAUAAGCCCCCUUCCAUGGUCUGGUAGACAAACCACGAAUCUACAAAAAGCCUUGUGCUACUAUGAUACAUCUUCAAU